AUGAUUGCACAAGAAGUAAAUGACUGGAAGUUAGCCGCAGAGUUAAAGAAACAAUCCUUAAUCCUGUCCAUUCCUGAAAAAUGGAGAAUUGCUGACAUCAAGACUCAGAUGAAAAAUGCUGGAUAUGUAAACCCUCAUUUAUUCUUGGAUUCGAUUUUACCUAAGGACGAGGUUAUCAUUACCAAUAAACAUCUUCAUGAACUAAGAGUUCUAAUAAAAAAGGGCACUCUUUCUGCGUACUCUGUAACCGAAGCGUUCUGUCAUCGAUCAGCUUUGGCACACCAGCUACUCAAUUGUUGCAUUGAGAUCUUCUAUGUCGAAGCUUUGGAAAAGGCACAGAAGUUGGACGAUUACUUUGCAGUAACAGGUGAUGUCAAGGGUCCCUUGCAUGGGAUUCCUAUCUCCUUGAAAGACCAGGUAGACUUACCAGGCAAAGAUUCGUCUAUUGGUUAUGUUGGACUCCUAGGCCAGCCAGCAGGACAAAUUGCACUUAUGGCCAAAGUCCUUGAAGAUAUGGGAGCUGUGUUCUACGUGAAAACUGCAGUCCCUAUGGCUAUGAUGCUACCAGAGACUUACUCAAACCUACAUGGAUACACAUUCAAUGGGGUGAAUAUUAACCUAUCACCUGGAGGGAGUUCCGGGGGUGAAGGCUCAUUGAUUGGAGCUGGUGGGUCAUGUAUGGGCUUCGGUACAGAUAUUGGGGGAAGCAUCAGAAUUCCUUCUGCCUUUCAGGGCCUAUACUCUUUAAAGCCUUCUGUUGGGAGGUUUUCAUAUCUGGGUGUCACUAAUUCUUAUUCAGGACAAGAAGUCGUUCCGUCGGUCAUUGGUCCAAUGUCUACUUCUCUCAAAGAUAUACAAAUCAUCACAGAAUUAAUUGUUGCAAGUGAAACAUGGAACAAUGACCCAAAAGUGAUGCCUAUACCUUGGAGAGAUAUGUCUCACCUCAAAGACACACCUUUAACCAUUGGUAUCUGGAGAUUUGAUGGAGCCGUCAUGCCUCAUCCACCUAUUCAGAGAGCUCUUAGACAGGUUGAAGCACACUUGAAAGAAAAGGGUCACAAGAUUGUUGAAUUAACUUUCCCAUUGCAGUCACAAAUACUUUCUACUAUUAGUAGAGUAUUUGGAGCAGAUGCAGCAUAUGAUGUUGAAAGUAUAUGUGCCAUCAGUGGAGAGCCAAUAGUACCAACAGUGAAAGAAAUGAUCCAAUGUGAUGAUAUCAAUGAACCAAUUACGGUUAACGAAUGGUGGAACCUUGCUGACGAGGUGUAUGGAUUGAAGAAGCAGUUUUAUGAAUAUUGGAAAGAUAAUUCUUUGGAUGCUAUCUUGGCUCCGGUUUGGCCAUCGACGGCCAGUUUACCUUAUGGACAACCUACUAUUAACUACACAGCUCCUUUCAACUUAUGCGAUUGCUGCUCUGUAGUGGUCCCGAUAACAAAUGUGGAUCGACUUAUUGACGAGAUUGAUACUUCUUAUGUGCCAAUUAAUCCCGCUGACAAUCACAUGUAUCAGUCAUACGAUCCAGAUUUAUUUGACAAGAUGCCCGUAUGUCUUCAAGUGGUCACUAAGAAGUUAGAAGAAGAGAAGGCACUCGUAGUAGCAUCAAUUAUCGAUGAGAUACACAAUUGA